GUUUUCUGUUCAAUCACCAGAUUUAAUUGAUUCAAGUCCAACUCUUACUGUCCGAUUGUUAAUUGUCAAUUUUUUGUUUACUUUAUUUUGUCAUCUCUGUUUAAUUGUCUGUUUAAAAGCUGUGGUCUAAUUAUAAGAUGAACACAUUUCUCUUGUCCUUGUUGUAUGCAUUGAUCAUUGGUGUUUCUUGUUCGUCAAAUAAUUUGUCUGACGAAGAGUGUACUCGAUUAGGUUUUCGAAGAGAAGAAUUAACAAGGAAACGAUGUAUGGAAUUGGGAAAAUUUGGUCUCAAUACAAUUAAAGAAGAUUGUCUUCGAUGUGUUAAAACUGAUGCUAAAAGCUCACUUCGUAAGAAAUACGCUAAGGCAAGAUUAGAGGUUUGUGGUUGUAAUCUUGCGAGUUAUCCUCAAAUUCAGGCUUUUAUCAAGAGCGAUCGUCCUAAACAAUACGAAAAUUUGACAGUUAAAUGGGUUCGAGGUACAUUACCCACAAUGAAACUUUUGGAUGAAAAUGGUAACCUUGCUGAGGAAUUGUCACUGACCAAAUGGGACACCGAUACAGUUACCGAAUUUCUCGACGAGCAUCUUAAAUAAAAAACCAAUAACAAUAAUAUCUAAGCCUUUUAGGUUAUACAAUCUUGUUUAUUAAGAUUACCUCAAUGAAUUGUUAAAUUAACCAGUCUUUUUAUGAUUCUUUAAUGAUUCCGGUGAAUUUCUAUAUUGUAAAUCAUGUAAUAUUUAUAAUAAAUAUUUUUACUUAAGUCA